AUAUACACAUGAGAUAAUAUGAAGGGUAAGCUUCUAAUGCUUUCUAUUUAAUAGAUUAUUAUAAACUUGUUGGGUUUAUGUGUGUUAUAUUUUAUCAUAUUUUAUACCAUCAUUUGUACUAACCCUCUAUAGCAGCGGAGGAAGCAAAGGAAAAAAGAAAUCAGAAGAACAGGCCAAGGACGGCAGUUUUGUCAUCUUCUUUCCUUUUCUGUAUCUUUUCCCACGCCAUGCUUUUAUAUCUUCACAUUUAAGCCUGCUUCAUACGUUAUAACCCCCCUCUGAUCACCACCUGUCCUCUUUCCCUCCUUUUUCCUUCAUCAUCAUCGUCAUCUUCCUUGACAAUGUCAACUCUUUCCCAUUCUAAGACUCUACCAUCCUCAGUUUCUCCAUUCGGGGCAACUGCUAUUGUACAAGAACAAACUAAGCUAUGGGUUGUACUCAGACCAAGCCAUUAAUGAAUUCACCCUCUUCCUCCAGUGGUCUUCAAAAGUUAAAGAUGGACAAUGGUUAUGUCAAAGGCGGUCCAAUUCCCCGGCGAUCAUCAUCGAUUAGCAGGCGGCAGAACACUAGCAGUGAUAGCAGUAGAGAUAACAGAGAAAGGAGACCGUCCGGACGACUGCCACAGAGUGAUGAUACUUAUGGUGGGGCGGUUGGCAGUCUUUCGAGAAGGGUUUCAUCUUUGAGAUUGUUUGGGGAUGAAGAAACCAUCGACGGCUGGCCCAAGUGGCUCGUUGAUAAUAUCCCAAGAGAAGCUCUUUCCAGUUUGAUUCCCAAGAGUGCAGACUCUUAUAUCAAGAUUGAAAAGGUCGGGGAAGGUACAUACAGCAACGUAUAUAAAGCCCGAGAAAAGGAAACAGGAAAGCUAGUUGCACUGAAGAAGGUCCGGUUCGAUACAUCAGAACCAGAAAGCGUAAAAUUCAUGGCUCGAGAGAUCACAAUCCUACAAAAGCUAGACCAUCCAAAUAUCAUCAAGCUUAAAGGAAUAGCCACAUCAAGAAUGCAAUACAGUCUAUACUUAGUCUUCGAAUACAUGUACUCCGACUUAUCCCGAUUAAUCACCAGACCAGACGAAACACUGACCGAACCUCAAAUAAAAAGUUACAUGCAACAAUUGCUUUCGGGUCUGCAUCAUUGCCACGAGAAAGGAAUUCUUCACAGAGACAUCAAAGGUUCAAACUUGUUGAUAGAUAAAGAUGGUAUGCUUAAGAUAGCUGAUUUUGGACUUGCAAACCAUUUCAGUACAAAGAGGAAACGUCCUUUAACAAACCGAGUCGUUACUUUAUGGUAUCGAGCCCCAGAACUUUUACUUGGUGCGACGGAUUAUGCUGUUGGGAUUGAUCUUUGGAGUGCUGGCUGCUUAUUGGCUGAGAUGUUUAUUGGAAAGCCUAUUUUGCCUGGAAGAACUGAAGUUGAGCAACUGCAUAAGAUAUUCAAGCUGUGUGGAACCCCGUCUGAGGAAUUCUGGAAGACGUUCAAGGUUUCGACAACGUUCAGACCGCCUCGAGAGUAUAAACCUAGUAUUCGUCAAACGUUUAGCGAUUUCCCUCCUAAUGUUAUAAGCCUCUUGAAUAUUCUUCUUGACUUGGAUCCUUCUUUUCGCGGUUCUGCAGGGUCUGCUCUUCAGAAUGAGUUUUUCCAUACAAGUCCAUUGCCUUCGGAACUUUCUGGAUUGCCAAAAAUCGAGAUAGAAGAUGAUGAUCAGGUGGAUGUAAGCAAUGACCUGAGAAGGAAUUCGAAGAUGAAACAAAGGUCAAGAACGCAUCGAGAGCGAAGGAGAAAGCUGGAAGAAGCUUCAGAUAAACCAAAUGAGGAUGAUCUUAAAAUGGAUCAAGAGAAAAGUGGAGAUUCAUCUGGCACAAAACAAACCACCAAUGAAGAGAUUUCAGAUUCAUUGUUGGGGAACUCGAGAAUUAGGAAGUUAUCACCGAGGACCGAAGAUCAUCCAAAUGGCACCAAGAACAUCAAGAACAGGCCUCCGUUACCAAAUGGCAAAGCAAGAAAUUCAUGGCGAGAAGGCGGUAGCAAUGCCAACGGGCGCAGAUUCAGCCAAGUGAGAAGAUCAGUUUCGGCAAGAGAUAUGCAGAAACUAGAACAGAUAAAUCUCAUCAGACCUCAUCAUGAUCAAAAUGAAGAUAAUUACUAGGCUUUUGAGAGAGCCACCAUGAAGAUCUAAAAAUGUUGUAACAAAUUUGUUUCACUAUUUUUUAUCCUUAUGAUUGAAUUAUUGAACUGUUGUUCCAUUUGAUUCCUAAUAAUAAUGUUACAAAAUAAAAUCCUUCCACAAAUGGAAAUAAUACACUUGUUCAAUUA